GCCCAGGGCAGGGCGUCCCUCGACGGCGGCGGCUGCAGCGGCUGCAGCGGGACGAGAUGGCAGCGCGCGUGGGAGCCGGGGCCGGGGCCGGGGCCGGGCGGGCCGCCCCGUGGACGUGCGCGCUGCUGGCUCUGGGCUUCGUGACCACCGGCGUGGCGGCCCUGGAGGUCUACACGCCCAAGGAGAUCUUCGUGGCCAAUGGAACGCAGGGGAAGCUGUCAUGUAAAUUCAAGUCCACGAACAUGACUGGAACGUUGACCUCCGUCACCUGGAGCUUCCAGCCCCAGGGGACAGACACUAGUGUGUCGUUCUUCCACUACUCCCAAGGGCAGGUGUACCUGGGGAACUAUGCACCCUUCAAGGGCAGGAUCAGCUGGGCCGGAGACCUGAACAAGAAGGACGCAUCAAUCUACAUUGAAAACAUGCAGUUCACCCACAACGGCACCUACAUCUGUGAUGUCAAGAACCCCCCUGACAUAGUGGCACAGCCUGGGCACAUCCGGCUCUACGUGGUGGAGAGAGAGAACCUGCCUGUGUUCCCCGUCUGGGUGGUUGUGGGCAUUGUGUCUGCAGUGGUCCUGGGCCUCACACUGCUCAUCGGCCUCGUGCUGCUGGUGCUACAUCGGCGGAGGAACUUCAAGAGGGACUACACAGGCUGCAGCACUUCUGAGGGCCUCACACCGGUUAAGCAGGCCCCACGAAAAGGGCCCUCCGACACGGAGGGGCUGGUAAAGACUCUGUCCACCGGAUCCCAUCAGGGCCCCAUCAUUUACGCGCAACUAGAACAUUCUGGUGGACAUUGCAGUGACAAGAUCAACAAGGCCGAGUCUGUGGUCUAUGCAGACAUCCGGAAAAACUGAUGGAUACCCCCAAACCUCCUGACAAGCUGCCUAUUCCGGCCGGCCUCCUGCAGAGACCCCUAUGCUAUGCUGACUCAAGACGGGGCAUGUAGGGGGCCCCCCAUGGCCUCUACUGUGCCUGCUGUUGGAAGACCCAGCACUAGGCCAUAGCCCAGGCCCCACUGUUCUAAGCUUUCUCAUCGGUGCCUUAUUGUCCAGGGCAUUUGGUUACCUUGUGGGCCCCUUUUCCAGCCAUCCCCAAGUUCCUUUCAUGCCCCACAGACUGGACCUUUCCCAGUUUAAAACUCCAGGCAGCUGAAGGGACAAUGUCCAGCUUCCUGUAGGGCCUGGCAGAAGCUUUCAGUGGUGGUGGUCGUGAUGGUAGUGGUGGGUUCCCCUGUCCUCUCCAUUAUUGAGGAGACCUGUAAGCCUGCUGGUGGGUGCCCUGACUGCUCCCUCCUAGAAGGCUGUGUGCUGUCCCCCCCACCCAGAAAGAAGCCUGGCUUGGUACCCUUUGCAGAGAUGGGGAACACCCUUGCCUACUCCACUCACUACACAGUCCUGUGGGGGUCACUUGAAGACCUCAUCCACUGGCCUAUAUACCCCGCUGCAGGCAGCAUCCCCCACUGUGAGGGUUACCCCACCCUACCCCUCAGCCUGCUGAGGGAAGAGGGUCCAGGCUGGAAAAUUAUUUUCAUUAUCGGGUUCAAUCCUCAGCAGCCCAUAGGGUCCCCCGAGUACCACCAUGAGUGAUUCCUGAGUGCAGAGCCAGAAGGAACUCCUGAGCAUUGCUGGGUAUGGCCCCCAAAACAACAAAAAAGCCCAAAUAUCUCAUUCCAGUCCCCAGCCCCCUUGCACACACACCCUAAUUUCAUCAAAUGACUAAAUAGUGAGAUGAAGCAACAGGGGGGUCUUCAUCUCACUCAGCACCCCACCCUCUCUUCUCAGAGCUCAGGAUUUUUUUUU